UUACACAUGUCGGACGUUAACAACCGGACGAAUGGCUUGUGAUGAGAUCGGUUCGAGCAGUUCGCUUUUCUAAGACUAAGUCCUCCGUUCGGUAACACGGCGCGAGCUCGAUAAUAUGUGACAGUGUUUUCGUGAUAGAUUGUAACAUUUCGACAAAGUAACAGCAGCGCAUUCAUUUCCGCACGCAUGCACGUGGAGUACAAUUUAACGGCUGGCUGCGUCAUGUCUGUCUUCAGCCGUACUAGGGGACUCCCAGUUUGUCACUAUUAUUCAACUGCCUAGCUCAGCGUAAGACAUUAUCGCUUUCUAUUGUUCGGUUUCCUAGUUUUUUUUUCCACAGUGGAAAGCCUGAUUAAAUCGGUGGCGAUGAAUCGCAAAUUAGAGCAUUUUUCUCUAGUCUACCAGUAUCUUGUGAACACUUGCAAAUUGAAACGUUACCGGUUUCACCGGCACGUGAAAGGAUUCGGCUCCCCUACGGGGAGUGGAUCUUUCUCUUUUGGGGGAAAGUGCGCUUAAAAAACAUUGAAACACUUUUUAUUCAGCUCAGUGUGGUAACUGCAUUGCGACAGUCAAUAUGGGCGCACCGUUCGUGUACCGCCGAAUCCUUGGGCUGCUGGUAGCCGCGGUGAUGUUAACAGUGACCACUACAGGACCAGCAAGUGGCAAUAAUAACGGCACGGAUGCUUAUCAUCACCAUCUUCUUCAUCCGUAUCAGCACAUGCCAUACAGGGACGGUGUGGAUGGCUUUCUUGCACUCAGUGAGGACCCCCGACGGGACCGGAGUGGUCUUGUUAGGAGGCAGGAGCGAAGUCAGCGAGAGCCUCGCUUCAUUAGCUUUCACACCAAGGAUAAUAACAUACAGGUUGAACUACAGUUUGCCAUACCGUUUAUCUCGAUUCCGGUGAAAAAAUCGGUCGACGGAAUGGUGAGUUCAUUCCAGCAGGGCUCAGCGCUGUUGAAUAUUAACUUGGGGGCGAUAGCCCUGGCGGGUGUGGUGACACUGGCUGGAACGUUAAUCGGAGGGCUGGUACGAGUGCUCAUGAGCAACAGCUUCGGCAACUCUUGGCAACUAUUCGGCCUGAACCGUUCGGAUAACGAUGGGUCUCCCAAAACGGAAAGAGUGGACGAAGGGAAUACAUUGCGCACUAUACUGGAGGCUGUUGAUAAAAGCCUGCAGAAGUACGAUAUCGAUUCAACGGCCUGCGCCCAGCGGGUGGUUUGCUGGUACGUGAAGGAAUCGAUGAACAACGUACAGGAACAGCGGGCCAGCACGCUGGAUACUCUGGUUAACGGACUGAGCAGCUCGGAUUGGGCAAUGAAAUUUACCACGGGAUCGGCAAUCGAUGACGCGAUACGAGCGGGACGUCGUAACGCUAACUGCGAGCAAGCAUUUCCGGUCUGUCGCAUCGGUCCGGAAGUGGUGCAGCGGUUCAUCAGUAAAACCGGCAGAAGUAGUAGGAGAAACUAAGUUGCUGCCUUUUCGUGUUGAAUGUAGUCGUUUUAGAUUGCCAUAGAAAAAGUAGUGGAUAGUGAAGUAUUUCUAGAGCAGAAUAAAAGUUUUAUUUUAUAAUGU